CGCUCACUGCUGCAGACUCCCGCUGAAGCACAAUGCCUCGUUUUACCGUCCAUAUCCGAGAUGAGUGGCUAGCAGUGCCCUGCCGGGACACCACCAACACCAUCCGGUGGCUCGGACAAGAAGCCCUCAAACGUUACGUGAAAAACAAACCGGACAACGGCGGCCUCACGGAUGUUAAGGUCACCCACUUUGCGGUGCGCAGGUGCCAGGGUUUGGGUUUGCUGGACUCGGAUGAUACCAUCGAUGAUGUACUGGAGGAUAAUGACUUUGUUGAGCUGGCUAUUGAAGGCGACACCAUGUCUCCGGACUUCAUCCCAUAUGAGCCUGGAGUUUCUCAUCUUACAGCAGCAUACAAAGAACCCGGAGAAUAUAUCUGCCUGGACGGCAACAGCCUGACAUCCACAGAUCUGGUCAACUUAGGAAGAGGACUCUACAAGAUAAAGCUGACUAUGGAGGCAGAAAAAAAAGUUGUGAAAUCCAGAGAGCUUUUGGACACCAUUGUCAAAGAAAACAAAGUUGUCUAUGGGAUCACGACAGGCUUUGGCAAAUUUGCUCGAACAGUCAUUCCUGUCAGCAAGCUCAAGGAGCUACAGGAGAACUUGGUGCGCUCACACUCAGCCGGUGUGGGAAACCCGCUGAGCCCAGAGAGGACUCGCAUGCUGCUCGCUCUCAGGAUCAAUGUUCUGGCCAAAGGGUACAGUGGCAUUUCUCUGGAAACUCUCCAUGCCAUGGUCGAAGCCUUCAACGCUUCCUGCCUCUCCUUUGUCCCAGAGAAGGGAACAGUGGGUGCCAGUGGAGACCUGGCACCCCUCUCUCACCUGGCCCUGGGGCUGAUGGGAGAGGGUAAAAUGUGGUCUCCAAAGAGUGGAUGGGCAGACGCCAAAUAUGUCCUGGAGGCCCAUGGCCUGAAGCCGGUAUCACUAAGACCCAAAGAGGGUCUCGCUCUGAUCAACGGGACCCAGAUGAUCACCUCUCUGGGGGCAGAGGCCGUUGAGCGAGCCCAGGCGAUAGCUCAGCAGGCGGACAUCAUUGCUGCUCUGACUCUGGAGGUGCUAAAGGGAACCACCAAGGCCUUUGACAGUGACAUUCACAUGCUGCGUCCCCACCCAGGGCAGAUAGAAGUAGCCCAACGCUUCCGCUCGCUGCUGGACUCUGAUCACCAUCCCUCCCAGAUUGGAGAGAGCCACCGGUUCUGUGACAGAGUCCAGGAUGCCUACACCAUGCGAUGCUGUCCCCAGGUUCAUGGAGUCACAAACGACACAAUAAAGUUUGUCAAGAACAUCAUCAAUACAGAAAUCAACAGUGCCACAGAUAAUCCCAUGGUGUUCGCUGAGAGAGGUGAGACCAUUUCUGGUGGGAAUUUCCACGGUGAAUACCCAGCUAAGGCUCUGGAUUUUUUAGCCAUUGCCGUCCACGAGCUGGCCUCGAUCAGCGAGAGGAGGAUCGAGAGGUUGUGUAACCCCUCUCUCAGCGAGCUGCCGGCCUUCCUCGUCAACGAGGGAGGACUCAACUCCGGCUUCAUGAUUGCUCAUUGCACCGCUGCCGCCUUGGUUUCAGAGAAUAAAGUUUUGUGUCAUCCGUCCUCGGUGGACUCGUUGUCCACCAGUGCUGCCACGGAGGACCACGUGUCCAUGGGAGGCUGGGCUGCUAGGAAGGCACUGAGAGUCAUUGAGCAUGUGGAACAAGUUCUUGCUAUAGAGCUGUUAGCCGCCUGUCAGGGCAUUGAGUUCCUCCGCCCACUCCGUACCACCACUCCGCUGGAGAAGGUCUAUGAACUCGUGCGCAGUUUGGUCAAGCCGUGGAUAAAAGACAGGUUCAUGUCUCCAGACAUCGAAGCUGUUCAUCGUCUUCUAAUCGACCAGAAGGUGUGGGCUGUGGCCAAGCCUUAUAUUGACAAGUAUCAGACAGAGUACAUCCCUGAGUCCCGUCCCAUCUCUCCCACUGCCUUCUCUCUGGACCCUCCAGCAUCACCCCGGAAACGAGUUCGUCACGAGUGAAAGAAUGUCCUUUUUGUUGUUGCAAUGACUAAAAUGAAAACGAUGUUUUAUUAAGACUUUUGUGACUUUGACUAAAAACGAUCCUAAAUCUCGCUGAAGAUCAAAGAUUCUUUUUUCAGGGACUAAAUCAAUGCUUUGAUUUCUGAUGUGUUUACUAAUCCUUGGAGACAUGGUGGUAAUUUAAGAAAUGAGUGUACUUUAUAUGUAUUUCUCCACUAAUUAUUGGGUAUGGAACUUGUACUAAAGAGUUGUAUAUAUCUAACCCUUCUUUCUCCUUUGUGUGCCUAAUUGAGUUUUUAUUGCCACAUGACUACCUCAGCCACUGUACCAGAAGGAUAUCUAAUAUUUUUAAUGAUGCAUAUCAAACACUUAAAUGCUUAAAUGUUCUUUCCUUUGGUGUGCAAAUAAAAUCUAAAAUGAUCAUCUAUUCAUAA